AUGAAGCCAGUGGUAGCCUCUGGUAAGGCUUGGUUCUGUACAGUAGUGUCUGCAUUUGGGAUCGUCAUCCUGUCGGUUAUUGCCCAUUUGUUCAACGUUGGCCACGAAUCAUUCGUUGGGUCUAUAAACGAUCCAGAGGACGGAAAAGCUGUGGCCAAAACAGUGUCAAUCGCCGUUUUGGUUUAUGUUGCGUUCUUCGUGUUCUGCGGUUCCCAAAUUUGGCUGGCCAAGAAAAGCUCUUCUAUCGAGCUGCGUUGA